GUGCAAGACACCCCCCCAGCCAGGUUUGGGGCUGCACCCCCCCCCAAAACAGCCAAAUUUAGGGCUGCAAGACCCCCCCUCACUUCCAGCCCCCCCAGUGAGGACGGCAGGAUCGGGAACGCGCACCCCCCAACCCCACUGCCAGCCCCACAGCGAGGUUUUGGGGUGCACAGCCCCCCCCUAUGGUGCUUUAACCCCACAGCAAAGCCUGGGGAGUUAAAGGGGGGGGGGAUUUGGGGGCGCCCAGCCCCACACCACAGCUGCCUCUCGCCCGUGCUGGCCCCCGGGGCCCGGCUGGCUGCAGCCACCCCAUUGCCUCAUCGCCUGAGUCACGGCCCCGCUGACCCCAUUUUCCCAUUUCCUGGCAAAUAUUUACCACGGUCUCUGCAGUAACUGGGCUCCCCCCCCGGACGCCCCCCAGCCUUUGAGCCGAGCCCCCCGACCCCAUACGGCACCGCAGCCCCCUCCCCAAUCCCAUGGGGACCUUGUGGCAGCGCCCCUAAACCACCCCAGGGGGGCAUGUGGGGUCCCCCUCACUAUAGGGCCGCAGCGCCGCGUGCCCCCAUUUGGGGUUUUUAUUUGUUUUUUUGGGGGGUUAUGGGCAAAGGAUGGGGGGUGGGGGCGGUGGGACCCCGCUAUGGGCUCGGGGAGGCUGAUCCCGCCGCCACGUGACGCCGGGUCCUGAUCCCAUAAGAGCCUUUGGACUCGAGGCCAGCGCAGCCAUGGCCGGCCCCGCGCCCCGCACCGUCCUCGUCACCGGCUGCUCCUCCGGCAUCGGCCUGGCCGUGGCCGUGAGGCUGGCCCAGGACCCCCAGCGCCGCUUCCAGGUCAUCGCCACCAUGCGGGACCUGAGCAAGAAGGGGAAGCUGGAGGAGGCGGCGGGGCCGGCGCUGGGCACGACGCUGAGCAUCCAACGCCUCGAUGUCUGCAGCGACAGCUCGGUGGCCGAGUGCUUGAGCAGCAUCCCCGGGGGCCGGGUGGACGUGUUGGUGAACAACGCCGGCGUGGGGCACGUGGGCCCCGUGGAGAGCAUCAGCGUGGAGGAGAUGAAGCGCGUUUUCGACACCAAUUUUUUCGGGGCGGUGAGGAUGAUCAAGGCCGUCCUGCCCGAGAUGAAGCGGCGCCGGAGCGGCCACAUCGUGGUGGUCAGCAGCGUCAUGGGGCUGCAGGGGAUUGUCUUCAAUGAUGUCUACGCCGCCUCCAAAUUCGCCGUGGAGGGGUUUUGCGAGAGCCUGGCCGUGCAGCUGCUGCAGUUCAACGUCUUCGUCUCCAUGGUGGAGCCGGGCCCUGUCAACACGGACUUCGAGCUGAAGCUGAUGGAGGAGGUGGCGCGCUCCGAAUUCCCCGGCGCCGACGAGGCCACGGUGCAUUACUUCAAGGACGUCUACCUGCCGGCCUCCCACGAAAUCUUCACCACGUUGGGGCAGAGCCCGGCGGCCGUGGCCGAGGCCAUGGCGAACGUCAUCGGGGCGCGGCGGCCGGCGUUCCGCACGCAGACCAACGGGCUCUACACGCCGCUGGUGGCCCUCAAAUACGCCGACCCCACAGGGGACCUGUCGGUGGGCACCUACUACCGCCUCCUCUUCCAUUACGGGACCCUCUUCCACCUCAGCAUGGCCGUGCUGCGGUGCCUCACCUGCGGCUGCUUCCGUCGCCGGAUCGCCCCGCUCUGAGGGCGGCGGGGAAAAAAGGGGGGGGUCUUCGGACCGACGGUGACCCCCCUUUGUUGGGAUUGGGGUUGGAGAGGUGGUGGGGGAGCUGCCCUGAGUGCCCCGGUUGCAGGAAUUGGGGUGAACAUAUGGGAGA